UGCAUAAAAAAGAUUUUCUUGGUUAUUGUUCCCUGUAGGUCCACACCCUUUCACCCCAUUAUUCCUUUUCCAUGCCUUCUUCUCACGCCAAAACUCUUCAUAUAAACCCCACAAAAACACUCUUUCUAAAGCCCUCAUGCAUAGUGGCCCUUUCAGUCCCAUCAAAAUUCCCUCUUUUUCUCAUCACCCAAACAUUGCUCUCUCUUCCAUCAUGGGCUUCAUUUUCCUACUAUCAUUUCUCAAACAAUCAUAGUUCCCGAUGGAGAAAACAAAGCUUGUGAGAAUGGAAUUGGAAAGUAGGUUUCUUAUGGAAUUGAAGUUCGUUUCAUCCUUAUGUCUCCAUAAAUUUAUGAACCUUCUAUGUGAAGAAACCGCUUCCUUUCUCUCUGUGUUCUCUUCAGAUCCUCUGUUUUCAUGCAUUGUCACAUUCACCACCUUGGUUUUUCUCUAUCUGCCACACCUGUUUUUGAAUAUAGUUUUCUCGCCUGUGCUUAUUCUCACUGCGAUUCUCUUGCUCUCCAUUCUCCGCCUCGGUGCAAUUCAGAGGUCUCAACAUGAACACAAGGAAAACCAAGGGAAACCCGGAGAACCCAUCAACGAUGAAAAGAGGGGAAGCAAACGCAGAGAACAGAAACAGAGUUCGUGUCCCAUUGAACCAAAUGAAACAAAUCCUAUGGAACAAGUGCACCAGUGGUCAAAUUCAUCUGUUCAUUCAGAAACAGAGUUCAAUUACGAAAUGGGUUUCGAGUCAAGUUCGUGUUUUGUUGAAUGGAACGUGAAAGCGCCGUUGGAAGUUAUAUAUGAAGAGUAUGGUGAAGGUGAAGAAGCAGAGGAUGAUCCGAACGAGAAAGAAGAAAAUAGGAACAUGGGUAUUUUGAGGUACCCUUCGUUGUCACGUUACUACCCGGAAUCGGAUUCAGAUAGCUCGUCGGAGAGUGAGUUUCCUGCGAUAGGGGAUUGGGACUCGCCGGAGGAUGUUUGCUUCAGGUGGGACGAAGAAGAAGAAGGAGACAGAGAAGGGUUGAUUGAGAUAGCUCUUGAUGGUUGCAAGAUGAAAAGGGCCUUGGAGUUUCACUUCGAGGAAGAGAAUUUGAUUGAGAUUGAUAUUUCUCCGUCGAGGUACAGAGAACUUUCCGGCGAAGACGAGGCCUUUUCCGGUGAGAUCUGUUGAAACUAAUGUGAUAUUAAUUGAAGAUUAACGUAGUGGAUCGUUGUGCUUUUUGGAGUCGGUCAAAGGGGAGACCGGAGAAUAGAAAUAUGUGAUUUUUUUUAA